GAAAAAAAAAAUCCAAUAAAAUAAUCUUUGUUGAGACACGACACGAGUUCACCUCCUUAAAUUCCACAUUGCCUUAAAAAGACUUUGUACUUGAACACGUAUCACCACCUCUGUCUGAUUAUUCUACAAAACGACUUCUACUUAAAGUUCAUCUUCUUCUUCUUCUCUGAUCUCUGAGAUUCGCCAUAUGGACGUCGAGGUCAAGCUCCGUCUCCUCACGGCAGCCACGUAUCACCGCCUCACCACCGUCCUCGCUCCCUUUCACCUCAGGACAUUACGUCAGCAUUACCUCUUCUUCGACACCCCUCGGAACGAUCUCUCAUCCCGUGACCUCGUUCUCCGUCUCCGCUUCCAAAGCUACGUCGGUUCAUCCCCGGCUUCCCCUCGCGGCGUGAUCGACCUCAAGGCGAAACCAACGCUCGUCAAUGGGAUCUGCAGGGUGGAGAAAGACGAGGAGGAUAUCGAUCAUGGGUUUGCAAGAGAAUGCAUGGUUUCGCCAUGGAAGCUCUGCUCUUUGGAAUCUAGGGUUUUGAAGAGGGUGAGGAGAGAAUUAGGGUUUGGUGAUGGAUCUGAUAAUCUAGGGUUUGUCUGUUUAGGUGGGUUUGAGAAUUUGAAGUCAGAGUACGAAUGGGGAGGCGAGAGACUCGAGGUUGACGAGACGAUGUACGGAUUCGGGACUUGUUACGAGAUCGAAUGCGAGACCGGAGAACCGGAAAGAGUCAAGACGAUGAUUGAAGGGUUCCUUAAAGAGCAAGGUAUCGAGUUUUCGGAUUCAGAUUCAACAAAGUUUGUCGUUUUCCGGUCGGGAAAGCUGCCCUAAACGAGGUUAGAUCUUUGAUGUGUAGAUGUGCUGAAUCGCAUAUUCAAUGUCAACCCGUACGGGCAGACGAAUUUAUGUAAUAUUUCUCUACUCAACAGAUGUGUCGAGGCAAAUGACUAAGUUUAUGUAAUGUGUUUUAAAUAAAAAUAUUGUCGGUAGCCU